AUGGUCAAGGGACGACCGGACGGGAAGCCGAUUCCGCUCGUGCUCAGUUCGGUCACAGAUAUCCAUCGCGUCUCUCAAAACCUACCAGAUUUCUUCUUCCACCUCACAGACCGGUUUUGGCCCGGCGGUUUGACUAUCGUUAUUGAAAGUAAAGGAUUGCUGCCAGUGUUGACCGCUGGAGGUGGCACCGUCGGGGUACGGAUUCCAAACAAUCCACUGCUUUUGAAAAUUCUCCAAACGUUUGGUGGACCGAUGGCAAUAACGAGCGCGAAUCUCUCUGGAGAACCGCCAGCCACCUCUGCCCAAGAAAUUGGUGGAGAACUCGCCUCACGAAUUGAUAUGAUAGUCGAUGGAGGGAAGACCCCGGGUCCCAUUCCUUCUACAGUUUAUGACAUUUCUGUCUCACCGCCACUGGUUCGGCGACACGGCGUGAUUUCAGAAGAAACACUCGUCAAGGAGCUCGCGUGCUACAACAAGCCUUAA